AGCUACACCAUUCUGCCAGUAGGCGGCAGAGCGCAACCAUUCAGUUGCCCGCCCUGUUUCCACGGCGCUGAAGUCUGAGCGCCUUCGCCGGUGCCUUGUUCCGCCGGUCGCUUCCACCAUCUCAGCCGCCCUCUGCCUCUCGUCCAAGAAGACAGAUUGCUUUGGCAAGGCUCCCUUGCUGUGUAGCCCCACGCCUUCCAGAGGGGUCGACACACACCUCCAGCAAAGCCUCGUUGCUUAGCCGCCUCUGAGAAACAGAGGAGACCUUUAGGGCAGGAGCUGUGGGGCAUGUUUUAUUUUGGGCAGGGAUCAUCAGUCUCUCCCCCUCCCUCGCUCGGAAGAAGGGAAGAGGCCAGACAAGGAUGCGCCGACCAGUUUUUAAACGCGCGGAUCUGAGAGCGACGAGCUGCAGCCUUUAACCGUUCCGCAGCACGCAGCAGGGAAUUAAAAUGCUGAUAACUGUAACACCACCCUAUGAGCCAGCCUCUCUUCACUCACAGGCUCCACCCCCUCCUAUUCUACCAAAGCCUGGAAUAGACAACCUUAAAUUGCAAAGACUCUUGAAAAAAGCAGCAAAGAAGAAAGCAGGGUUAUCAGCACAGCAACCCAUAUCAUUCCGGUCCAUUCUCUCCCCUGUGAGUGAAGCCAGCCCAGACCUGGAGCACAGCGAACGCUCUUCUCCACUGAAGCCUGCAGAAACUGCAACACACCUCACCAUCAACCUCCUACCCCGCUUUUCCAUCAAGCCUGUUACCCACCAUGUUCCAUCUCCUUUUCCUAAAGGAAAGCCCUUCACGUUCACUGUCACACAGCAGAGGAGCCUUUCAGAGCAUCUCAAGCUCACAGUCUCACCUGCCGUAUCACCAGUUCAUAGACAGAGCGCUCCUGAGCCUUCAUGGCAACCUAGAGGGCACCCACCAUCAGACACGCAGACACGGUUGCCCCCUUUGAGUGCCACACACACUGUAUUUCUUUUCCACGAACAUCCCAUUUCCCCCACACCUGUGGUGGAGACCCCAGUGGUGGUUACUCAUGUUGCUGAAACACAUGCCUAUAUCCACAGUGUGCAAGCACCAAGGGUAAAAACCCCAGUGUUAGAACAGUCAGCAGAGUAUCCCAAUAGUGGAAAGAGGCCCACCACACCUACCCAUUUGCAGACAAAUCACUCACACCCACCACCAAGCCAGAUGCCAGCUCCACCCUUUGCAAGCCAGGCCAGGCCAAUUACUCCUAAGUUAGAUGUUACUUCAGCCCCUGAGCCUCCCACCAGGAUGAUGAAGACUUCAAUACUGCAUGUCCCCAGACAGUACACUGCGGUCACAUCCCCAACUUUUCCAUUCAAUGGGCCUCCUACUCUGGGAAGCAACAGCAGCCUUGAAGCACGCAGUGAAGCCCAGAGGCAGUCGAGUCCCAUUGCACCUCAGAAGCCCAUCACACCAGAGGCAGCUCCAUCAACUGUCAGCACCCAUGAUUUUUCACCAGAAAGUAAGGCUGACAGGCAGACUAUGACCCCACAGCCACCUGCUGCUUCUCCAAGUACUGCAAGCUCUUUACCAGCAUUGCCUCCCAGAAACAAGUUUAGCGGCUGGUCUCGCCUCAAAAAGCAACUGAUUGUGGAAACUGAAGAGCCCCAGUUUCCAGUCUCAGAGUUUGAGCCAGUCCGGCCUGAGCAGGUGGGAGAAAAGAAGGCAACAACAACAGAAGCCUCUCAAGAGGAAACCGGUCAGAGGGCAACCAAGUCAAGAGCUAUCAAGAUGUGGGAUGCCAUCUUAUACCAGAUGACGGUCAGCAAAAGAAAGCAGCAAACAGAGGAAAAGGAAAUCAGGAAAGAGGGAACGCUCUCAUUCCGGCGGCUUUUGCCCCUUCUCCUCUGCAGGCCACGCUUUGAUGCCCGGAAGCUUAAAGAGCUGGCUUCCAAACCGAUGACAAAGAUCACUACUCUGUUUGAGGUACGCCAAAUCCAACCCCAGCCGCCCAAGGAAGCACCAAUAAGGUUUAACAGGACUGCAUCGGGGUGGCAGCUGAAGAGAAGCAACAAAUGAAUCUGCAUUCCCUUAAGGUUACUUUUGGAGGAUGUACACUGAGCUCGGAGGAUUGGAAAUAAAUACAAGCGUUUACCAAAGCAGAAAUCACUCACAAGAAAAAAUAAAAAAUAAAAUCCUUCACAGGGUUCCUGUCUGUGUACCUAGAGAUGUACCUGCAUGUAGCGACCAUGUUUAACUACAGUAGGGACUUGAGAGGGAAGAGAUAUUCACCUCAUCUUAUUUUAAAAAGGCAUUCAAGUUUCAGGUUGGACAGCCAAUUAAAAGACAGUAAAGAGUUUUGCACAGGGCCAGUAAUUUAAAGGCUCUCAAAGGCAGUUUUAUACAGUUGAGCCAACUGUAUACUGUAUUUUUUACUUGGGCAAAGCGGAUGUACUG